UUACUAUUUCACUUGGUUUGGAAUAAAUUCAUUGUUUGUGAAGUCUGUAUACAUCGUACAUGAUCAAGAUGUAUAUUAGAUCGUCCUGUUUGUGUUUUAUUUUACUAUAUGUUUUUACAAUUUCUUGUGCAGGUGCAUAUGCACAAGAAACACAAGAGGCAAAAUGUGACGCCCUAGAGAACACAUUCUUAAUUAGGAGGCUGACAAAGAAGAUUAUCAAUCCAACUGAAAAAUGUAUACCUGGAAACUGCUUAUGCGAGGAAGAGAAGCCAUAUUGUACAAAUAACGGAGACGAUGAUUUUUCAUCACGAGGCCCAUCACAAAUUGUCAGAACGUUCUACUACCUCAUGAUCUUUGGAUUCUCCUCCAUAAUAUUCCUGCAAUACUACACGAAGAUAAGGGAGCCCUGGUGUGAAGAUGCGGCCUGGCAGGAAGAUUACAAGUUGAAAUUUUCACUAGCAAGUGUUUGCGCAUGGAAUCUAGUGACGGAGGGUAUUCUCUUCUUUAUACCUAAAACAACGGCGGAGCUGGUGGUUAUUAUACGGAGAUGCAUGAACAGUACUUUUUACAUGAUGAUCGCCUGUCUCUGUUACGAUUUCUUGUGCGAGAUUAGAGAUCCGGAUAUUACGAAGAGACCGCAUAUAAUUCUUCAUCCUUUACCUGGGACGCCUAUCAUCUCCAUUAACAUAGCAAUAAACCUCUUGAUGAUAGGCUGGUUGGCAGCCAUCAUUAAUAUACACAAGGAUAUUCUAACGUGUGAGGACGAAUUGAGAGCAAAAAGAGCCGAGAAACGCAGAGAAGCCAAGGAAAAGGCUCGACGCAGAGCGGAGAAGAGAGAGGCUCGUGCCAACGCUCCUCCAUGGCAGUUCAUGCCAAAUCCAGAACGCGAGCUGGCGCCCAGAGGAGGCCUGCAUAGACGCAAAAGAAGGCGGUAAACUAAUUCUUCCAGGUUUUUUAACGACAAGAAUGAUGUUUAUUUUUAAUUUAAUACGUUUCUUGUAAACCGGACAAAAAGUAACUGAAGUUAAUGAAGAUUUAGAUAAAUCUGAAUAACUUAUCUUUUGUUCUUAAAUCAAAAACGUAUUGUUUUAAAAUUAUAUCGAUUUUCUUGAAAUAUUGUGACUCGUUUUUUUAAAUAUUUUUAGUGUAUUCUCUUAUGUGUAUUAUUAGUAGUAAUUAUUUUUUAUAAUAAUUCUUGGUUAUAGACUUCAGAUAAAAGUUUCUUAUAAUUGAUUGGUUAUUAACAUUUUUUAACUGGAUAUUUAUAGACUUGUAGUAGUAUAGUUUAAAAUUAAUCAUUUCGAUUAUUCACAUUUUUUGUGUUUAAUGAAUGUUAUUUCAAUUUCAAAUUUAUAAGUAUACUAAAUAUAUUGGUACGAGUACUAAAUCUUAACAAUA